CAUGGCCAAAGACACUGGCAAAGUCUCCCCACCCCAAUCCUUCUCGCGUUCCCCAAGGCAAACACAAGAAGGCAGGCCACUUGUCCAAGAUGAAGGCACACAAGAAGGCCAUCAAAAAGCGCAAGUGGGCACGUAUUACCGCGCGGUACAAUGCCCUGGCUGAGCACUACCUGCAGCAAGUAAGGUCCUCCAAUGCAGAUUCUGUUUUGAGAAUCCAUUGGAUGGGGGGUUCAGCCCAUCCAGAGGAGAUGCGUAACCGAUGUCUCAAAAUCAUCCACGACAUGGCAGUGGAUGGAGACAACCGAGAUAACCCUUCUGUCAAGCCAAAGAAGAAGGAGAAACAGACUGGCAACUCCGUUGCGUAG